AUGGCGGCGGCUGGCGGCGUUCGUGGCUCCGAGCCUGGGCUGGCUUCGGCGCCGGGCAGCGCCGGCGACACCACCGUCCUCGGCAGCGCCACGCUGUGGCCCUUGAAGCGCUACGGUCGCUUCCUGCCCCCGAAGGACGGUGACGAUGAAGGGCAAAGCACCUCUUGGAAGGUGUUUGAAUCAAAUGAAGAAUCAGGCCCUCUUGUCCUUACCAUUGUGGAGUCUGGCCAUUUCUUUAUUUCUCAAGGGCGAACAGUUCUGGAAGGCUUUUCCCUGAUUGAUUCCCACAAGUGGCUGAAGAUAGUGAGGAGAGCAGACUGCCUGCUGCUCCAGGCACAGGCCAAGAACGAGUGCCGCAUGUUCCGUGUGCAGUUCGGAGGGAGCUCCAAGGAGGAGAUGCGGGAACACUGCUGCAGCUGUGUCCACAAACUCAGCGAGUACGUCCCGGUGCAGGGGGCUGAGCAGAGCCAGCAGCUCGGCCACGGCCUCAGCCAGGACACCCCGGGCAUGGACACCGAGCACGCAGCAGAUGAGCCUCUCCCAGACUCCUGCACAAGCCUUGGAGAAAGAAGAUCUGUAGCACAGCUCUCACAGCGCGUGCUGCGGCAGCGGCCGGGGCUGCCCGCGGCGUCCCGGCACCCGGCGUGGAGCGCCCGGGAGCUGGGGCCCUUCAUCCGCCUCUGCCUCAUGGACCAGCACUUCCCAGCCUUCGUGGAGGACGUGGAGAAGGAGCUGCAGAGACUCGCCGAGGAGUGAGGCGAGCCUGGCGCAGCAUGGGGGGCGCGCAGCU